UGAGCCCGCGCCGCCAGUUGCCGUUCAGCCGCCAGCAAAGUCGAAGCUGCCCCAAUCCGCCGAAAAUGUCCGCGUGCACUGACUAACAGUUGAAGGCAUUUAAUCAACAAUAACAAUACUUAUUUGACGCGAAAUAACGAUUUGUUUGUGAACGAAAAACCCAAAGAAAAGUAAAACGAACGCCAAGAAAAAAAACAAAAUCUAAUUAGAGGAAAAUUAAAAUAAUUAAUAGAAGAAAAUAAAAGAUUAAGCAAAGGAACGAAAAGGAAAGAGACUAUAAAUUAAAAUAAAAACAAAAACAACGAUCAUGUUUAAUUUGCUGCGACGCUCGCGUCAGAGAAAGACGCCGAACAAGAGCAAGAACCACGACACGAGCGACGAGGAGGACAGAAGUAAUAAAGAGAGCAGCCCCAGCAGUCUAAGCAGCUCUCUUAGGCAAAGAGAGAGCGAGAGCAACAGAAAAGAAGAAGAGCGCAAUGGAAGAGCACAACUCCCGGCCCACAGACGGGCGGUGAUCGAGGAGCUGGAGGACUUUGCCGAUGACAGCGACGAAGAGCCGAAACGACGGCCGCCGUCGCUGUCGUCGUCGUCGGCGCUGCCGCCGCCGCCUUGUGUAAAAUUAGCAAAAACAGCUGCUAAUGGCCGCCACUCCGAAGCGGCAGCACCACUCUCUCCGCUCCGCUCUGACAAACGGUAUAUAAAUAACAUAGCAGGACAGAAGGCGGUGGCAGGGGGGACUGCCGUUCUUGCUGCUGCUGCUCUUGACGAUGAUCCAAAUGCUGUGGCCGCCUCUGCGGACAGUCCAAACGAGACAGCAGCCAGCGCGAACGCGAAUGCGAAUGCUAACGGUAACGGUAACGAGAGCGGCAGCCACUACAUUGAAAAGGUGGCCAAUAAGCUAAUUGGCAAUCGCCAUAGCCCCCCGCAAAUUGGGCCACUGAUCGAUGGCCGGCCAAACGACACAGUAGUCGCCCGUCGAGAGCGUGCCGCAACGAACGAACGACAAUCAUCGUCGCGUCUAUCCCUGGGAAGCAUUGUUGCCCUGCCACUGUCGGCCCUAAGUGGCAGUAAUAAAAACGGUACAAACAAGGACCUUGACUGUGAGACGACAGCAACAGCAGCAGCAGACAGUGUGACCAAGAAACGAAAAACUCUGCAAAGGAGUCGCGAUUUUCUCAGUGAAAUUUUCAUGGCGCGAGGACGUAAUCAUCAGCGCCAGCAGCAGCAGAAGCAGCAAAAACAACAGCAAGUGCAACACAACAGCAGUGGCAAGUGCAGCAACACUGCAGCAGAGAGCCACAAGAGUAACUAUAACGAUAACAGUAACCACGUAAUCGGUCAGGCAGCACUGGCCGCACGCCGCCUCGCACACCUUGAAACGAACUCCGACCCCGCCACUGCCACUGCCGCCGCAGCAUCCACAAAUAGUUAUCAAAUGACUAUGUCUAAUAAUAGACCAGAGAAGAACGGCCAGAGAGCGGAGCAGCAUCAGCAUCAGCCAGAGAGCGAGCUGAAGCGAGAGCGUCGCAGUAAUUCAGCUGGAGCAGCAGCACAUCCACAGCAUCCCCCAGAGAAACGAGAGCGCCAAAGGCCAGAGAGUGGAGAGAGCAGUGGACGACCGUUGGCGCGAUCAAGCAGUGCCGAGCCGCGAGAUGGCAGCGCCAACAGAGACUUCAUUCAAGCGGCAAACGUCGUCGAGUGGCGGCGAACGGUGGCCCGGCACGCGGAAGCAGCAGAACAACGCCAUCAGCCAGGCAAUGCAACAUUGCAGCAGCAGCAGCAACAGCAACAGCAACAGCAACAACAAACAAGUGACAUAAUCAUGGGCCAAACCAGUGCCAAGCCCAACGAAACGGCAUCGGGAACGGCAUCGGCGCACAGCUCGCGAGCCAGCACGCCGCGUGAGUUCCGUGAGUCGAUCGUGUCUCAGCCAGCGCCCCAGGCACCGCCGCGCCAACACAAGUCCUCCCAGGAUGUGCCACAAAUAACCGUGGAGGACUGCAGCUUUGAGAGCUUCAGCAGCAACGAAGAGCAGGAGGAGCAGCUGAAGGAGCCGAAACCGGAGCCGGAAGUCUACCAUGAUUUCGAUAGCGGCCUAAACAUCGAAGAACUCAACGAAGCAAACAUCGAGACGCUCGAGGAUGAGGUCUUUGCCACGGAUAUACCCUCCACCAUCUAUCAGAAUGCCAAUGGCAGGCCCUGGACACGCCUCAGUCACGUCAAGCUGGAGAAUGUCCAAGAGGAAGCAGAAGAAGAGGAGGAUGAGGAGGCGGACGAGGACGAGGACGAGGAUGAAGUGGAUGAGGCGGUGGAUCUGGAGUAUCACCACCACAGCCAGGCCACGCCCAGCGGCAACUCCAGGCAGUCGGCCAGCAGCGAACGGAGCGCCCUGAAAAGUGACUCCAAUCUGAGCAGCAGCUAUGCGGAUUCCGGCAUUGGGGUGCACGACGAGGAGCAACAGCAACAGCAACAGCAACAGCAGAAGGUGCAACCGCCACAGCCGCCGCCCCGCAGUUCAUCGGCCACAUCGGCGACCCAGCCGCUGCUGCAGCGUCGCGACAAUCGCUCGCCCUUCGCCCGCGACGGCUACUCCACGGACUGCGAGGAGACGCUGCUGCAGUGCGACGAACUCGAUGACGAGCGCGAUCUCAGCGAGCGGCUGGUAUGCAUCGAGAGCAUUAGCCUGCCGGAUGUGGUGGUUGAGUCAACGACCGCCAGCACCACAACAGCCACAGCCUCGACCACAAAUGGCAGCAGCAGCACAGAAGCACAGAUCAAUAUCAAUAUUGCCAACGGGGCGGGGGCCAACAGUCUGGGCAAUGUGCACUUUAUACCCAUCCACGUGGAAGGACGCAGUCGCAGCAACAGCCCCAAGCAGCGCAGCCGCGACGACAGCUGUCUGGGCGAGAGCCUGGAGAUCACCGAGGAUGGCAGUGUCCUGAACAAGCCGGCCCUAAAGGAGCACUCCUAUGAGACACACGAGCUCAGAAAGGAGAUUAAACAGCAGAAGGCACGCUUCAGCAGCCAGCUGGACGAGGCCCACAGGAAUGUCCAUCAGCUGGAAGCCAAAGUGGGGGAAAUGCAUCUCAAGAUACAGAAACUGGAGCAGGAGCUCUCCCUCAAGCAAUGGAAUGUGGAAAGACUCCAGGGCGAGCUGAGUGCGGCCCAUACGGAUGAUGAAUAUGUACGCAAGAAGCUGAAAUUUCUGGAGGAUGAAAAGGUACACUUGAGGCACAAAUACAGCGAAGAUCAAGAUGAAUAUCGGCUCAAAUAUGACGAACUCGAGGCUCAGUACAACGAUCUGACCGAGAAGUACAAACAGACCCAGGGUCUGGCCAGCAGUCUGCAGACCCAGCUGGCGGGUGCCCAGGCCGAGGCUCAGGAGUGGCGCCAGCAGGUGGACAGCAUUCGGUUAGAGCUCGAUGAACAGAUACGCAUACUGAAGAAUGCCCUGGAGAACUCGGAGGCAGAGCGCAAGAUAUGCGAGGACAAGUGGCAGAAGGAGUUCGAGAUGCUCAGGACACACAAUCGAGAGCGCGAGGAAUCCCUGAUGACGGACUGCGAAUGGCAGCUGCGGCAAAUGCAGCGUCAGUGCAAGGACAAGAUGGACAAAUCCAAUUACGAACGGAAACAGGCCUCAGCCAAGGCCGAGGAACUGGAACUGGAGCUGCAGUCCCGUCGCAAGGAGGCCGAACACUUGCGGGUGUGCCAGGCGCAGGUGAACUCCCUUCGAGGCGUCGUGGGCGAGCAGGAGCAGACCAUUCAAACGCUCAUGGAUCGCAUCGAGAGUCUCAAGACCGAUCUGGCCACUGCCAACGAGAGUCUCGAGGCCCAGAUCGAGGCUGUGCACAAGAUCAAAUAUCAGUGUGAUAAUGCCAUCUAUGACAAGGAACGUCAAAUGAUCUACAAAAUCGAUGAGGUACGCAAUGAAGCUGCCGCCUUCUGGGAGAACAAACUUUACACAGAGAUGACAAGACUGACAAAUGAAUUGGAGUCCGUUUAUGUGGACGAGCGCAGGGAUGCCCUGGAUAAGCUGCAGAAUGAGCAUAUUGAGGAGCUGCGAGCCCUGACCAAUCGAUACACGGCCAAUGAGGACGAACUGCGAGCCGAGAUCGAUGAGCUGCAUGAAAAUCUGGAGCUUAAGAAACAGGAUUUCCUCACUUUGCGCGAACGUUCCGACAAUGCCCUGCUGCAGACCCGCAUGCAUUUGGAUCGGGCCGAUCGCGAGUACCAGAAUGCCAUGUGUCGGGAGGAGGAUCGUCGCGUGGAGCUCGAGGAGCGCCUCAAGAAGGAGUUCGAGGAGGAGAAAACCGAAAUGGAGGAGAAGUUCCGCGAACGCCUCGGCCAGGUCAAGGACGAGUUUGCCAAGGAACUGCAGCUGUCCACCCAGGACAUGGUAGAAUCUCAUCGCAAGGAGUUGGACUCGCAAAAGGCCAAACUUCAAGCGGAAAGGGACGAGGCUCUGCAGGAUCUUGUGGACCGACAUCGCGCCAAAAUAGCCGCUGCCGAUGAGCGAUUCAACGAUUUAGAGCUUCGGCACCAGCGCAAUCUCAAGGACCUGAAGGCGGCUUAUGAUGCCGAGAAGGCGGCGCUGGAUAAGCGGGACAUCAGCAAUGCCAACGAGAUCGAGCAGCUGCACCGCAAGUGCCGUUGUCUAACGAACCUAUUCGAAGAGAUGCGCAUGCGCUAUGAGCGCCGUGAUCCUCGAGCCGAGGAUCUGCGCGAAAUCUCCGAGCUGCGAACGCGCUGCGAGAGCCAGGAGCGGGACCUGUAUGUCCUCACAGAUCGUUUGCGGGACAUGCAGAACCAAAUGUCGGAGAUGCAGCAGAAUGGCAAGGCAGGCGGCAAGUCCAUCAAGAAGCCACCGCCCAAGACACUGCCCACCAGCUGUGACGUCAUCUAUGAGGAGAACGAAGAGCGGGAGUCCCCCGAGCAGGAAAGCGGCAACAGCCAGGAGGAUGACGAAGAGGAGGAGGAGGAGCACGAGCAGGAGCCCAGCGACACGGAGUCGAACCACACGAUCGAGGUCAACGGCAAGGGCCCGCGCCUCAACGAGGACGACGCCCACCUGAUAACGGCUGUCUAAACGAUCCCAUCCGAUCCGAUCUGUCACUUCCAAAACCAAAAUAUCUUUGGCUGUUUUUUCAAAAGAAGAUUUGCCCCAGAGGGUCAGCGGGAGACCAACUUCUGGGCACUAAGCCACGCGACAAAUACAAAAAAAUUGAAAAUAACUUUUUGAAUUGGUUUUUAAAACCGCACCAAAAAAAA